UAUCUGUCAGCUGUCGUAGGUAGGUAGGUGUAGGUAGGUUAAAUUGUGUUUUAGCGGGAAGUAAAAAGUAGUGAGAGGAAUUGUUAUUUUGUAAACAUUACAUAUUGCGCGUUGAAAAAAUUGGCGAAUCCUUUAUAAGAAUAGGUGGUAUAAGCAAAUCAUUACUUACGCCCUGCAGAAGAGUUGGUCUAUCCCGUAAUUGGAAGAAAGGUGGAGUUUCUCCUUUCAUAUCACCUCUAUCUAGCAACAAAAAAAUUGAAGACAGAAAAGGAGCAUCAGAUACACCUGAAGAUAAUUCUAAAAAUAUUCAUUGUAAUAGUUCUAUAGAUACAAGCAGCAAAACCGACACAAGUGUUACAAAGCCUCUUAGAAAACGCUCUAGAACUUUACUAACAGCUUUAAAUGAGAAUAAUGAUCAAAGCGCCACUUCAGCAGCUCCCUGCUUAGAAAAUGAGCAGCAAGUAGAAAAUAUAAUAUCCACCCCAAAAGAAAAGAGAGAAAAUGAGAAACAACAAGAGACUAAUCAAAAUGAUGUUUCUACACCAGUAUCACAUUUAUCCAAGGGUAAAAGAAAGUCAUUCAAAUACAAAACCAACCAAGAAGAUCAGCAACAGGAUGAAAAUGAAACAUUAGGAUCACCUAAUGAAUUAAAAUUUAGUAGAACUAAAAGUAUGAAUGAAACUAAGGGAAAAAUAAAAAAUAAAACUGGUAAUGACAAUAUAGAAUCUAAAUGUAAAAUGCAGGUAUCCAAUGAGAACUGUACUGAAAACCAAACAAAGAAGAUAUCCAGUCAUUUGGACAGUACACCACAAUUUGAGUUUAAUACUUGUAGUGGACAUCCCAUAACAAAUGGUAGCUGUAACAUAAACACUAGUGAUAUAAAAGAAAAAAAGAAAAUUUCAAGUCCAAAUGAUUUAUCCAAAGAAUGUAUAGUAGUUUUACAGAACAACUUAUUCAAAGGCUUACUUAAGAAUGAGACUAUUGCGCAAACUACAAAAAUAUCUAAAAAUGACAAAAAAACAUCUCAAACUUUAUUUGAUUCUGAUGACGAACCAUUAAUAAACUUGAAUAAAGAAAAGCAUUUACUUGAUAAUUAUGAUGAUGCAGACUUUAUUGAAAGGAAGCCUAAACUGCCAAAACUCUGUGAAGAAAUUAAAGAUACACAAAAUACAAGCUCUGGAUCUCAAAAAACUAAAAACAAGACUCCGAAUAUUACGUCAAAAAUAAAUUCACAAAUUAAGGAUCUAUCUGAUGAUGAUGAAGACUUUGAUUUGGGUAGUAAGAAAACAAUCAUCAUACGUAAAACAUAUGAUAAAGUUAUGAAACCAUCAAAGGCCAAAUCAACAGGCUCAAUAACCCAGAAGGAUAUUGAUGACCUUAAGUUGCGGAUAGAGUCUAAAAAGAAACAACUUUUGGCUAAAUCAAUGACAGAAGAUACAAAAGAAUUACGAGAUUUAAUUAAAAGAUGGCAGAAAGGAUGUCAAGAUGCAUUAUUAGAGUUAAUGAAUUUAAUAAAAAUGAAAUGUCCUGACAAAAGUAAUAUGGAUUACACAGAGAUACUCAAAGCUUUGAAGAUACCAGUGAAUUUAGUAGGUUAUGAUGCAGAGAAUGACUGCUUUGUGACACCUGAUGAUGAAAGUAUUAUAAUGGCUUCCAUUAAUAAUUACUAAAGAAUAAUUGUCUUUCAUAUUAAAGUAUGACUUCUUAUUACUAUGGUGGUGAUAGUGGUAAUAUGUGAUCACUACCGUUGCUGAUUAGAGUUUUUCAACUAAUAUCAUACUGCCAUUGACCUUCUAAUUUCUUUAAAACUGAAGUCCAGCACUGAGCUGCAGCCAAUCUAAAUGACCAGUAUGGGAUUUUACUUUUUUUAUAGAACCACAUUUAAAUGAAUUGAAGUAAUUCUAGAUUUCUAGUAUAAUUCUCAAAUAAAUUUUGCUUUUUAAUUUUGUUCUGAGCUUUGUUAAAUCUUAGAAGCAAUACCAAUUGAUUACUGGGCAAUAAUAAAGAAAAAAACAAGUAUUUA